AAAAAUCCCCAACUCCCUAGUCCCCACUCGCCCACCUGACCACCUCCACGUCUCUAUUGAAAACUGCAAGACCACCCAAAAAUUAACCAGCAACAGGGAAAAAAACAGAGCAAACCCCACCUCAUAAGUCAAUCAAUGGGCUGUAUUUCUUCAAAACUCUGUAGAAAACAACUCCAGCAAGACAUCAUCGUCAACAAUGGCGGCAGAGAGUGUUUUAACCAUGUUGUUUCUCUCACUUCCUCAACCUACGGUGCGCUCAAACUCGACAUCAAUGAAAAACUGCAACAGCAACAAGAUGCCGCAGCAACAGAAGAAGAACCCAUCAAGGAACCAGUUUCAGAGAGUAAGAAAAUGCAGCAGAGUUCGCCUCCUCGAGAAGAUCCAGAGGUUAUUAAUGCUUGGGAGCUCAUGAAGGAUCUUGAAGAUGGAGGAAUACCCAUUUCGAAUCAUCCUAAAAAAAGCCCAAAAUCGAGAGCUUUGCUUCGUGGGUUUGCAGAUAUGGAUGCUAGAACUCCAUUGAAGUUCUUAAAUCAAAUUGGGUCUCCAAGGAAAGCCAGGACGUUUGGUGGGAAAGAAAAUAAGGUAAAGAGAGUGUCAGAGUUCAUCAGCCCAAGACCAGUUCUGAAAGCCAACAACUCUUCAGGAAAAUCAAGUAAGGCGGUGUUGAGGCUGAGUUAUCCAGUAAAAGCUUCUCCAGUCAGUGCUAAAACAGAGAAUGCUGGUUGCGAUGAUUCUGAGGAUUCUUCAAGGAGGAGGAGGAGUUUUAGUCCUUUAUUCGAUCCUGAGCUUGUCGCAUUGUACGAAAAAGAGUUAUCUGAAGAGGAAGGGCAAAUCAAGAGGAUCAUUUCACUAACACCCAGGCCUCAGAAAUCAAAGAAUGCAAGAGAAUUGGAGUCUUUUCUUCAUUCAUUUGAACAAAAAUGUCCACCAGGUGGAGAUAAUGCUGUUGUGAUUUACACUACUACACUGCGAGGAAUCAGAAAAACGUUCGAGGAUUGUAACACUGUGAGGUCGAUCAUUGAUUCAUACCAUAUUCAUAUAAUCGAGAGAGAUAUCUCGAUGGAUUCAGGCUUCAAGGAGGAGAUAAGAAGAUUAAUGGGUUCAAUGGAAGUGAAAGUCCCACUUGUGUUCGUCAGGGGAAGAUUGAUCGGAGGUGCUGAUCAAGUAGUGAAGUUGGAGGAAGAAGGCAAAUUGGGGAUUUUGUUUGAUGGGAUUCCAAAAAGGCUCUCCGGAGGAUGCGAAGUCUGUGCAGGAUUCAGGUUUGUGAUGUGCAAGGAGUGUAAUGGAAGCUGCAAGAUCUUGAAUCAGGAGCAGAAGAAAAUGGUAAAAUGUGGUGAGUGCAACGAGAAUGGGUUGAUACAUUGCCCAAUUUGCUGCUAAUUUAAGACUUUCUUAAUUAACUCCUUGAAUUGGUAUUGAGAUCGUGGGUUUUUGCUAGAUUUGAUUCUUGUAAGAAUGCUGAUUCAAUUCUUGAUUGGUUUUGAUUCCACUUGCGGAGGCCUCCUAUAGAUUCUCUUGCUAGAUUGUGGCUUGCAUUUCAGGAUAUUAAUUACUGGAUUUAAUUAUCAAUGGAAUUUUAGUUCCUUCCAUCUAA